AUGGAAUUCAAUAUAUCGUCGUUUUGUGAUAAUGAAGAAUCAUCUAGUCAAUUGAAUAGCACAGCUUUGAAUCAAAAUCAAAGUCAGAAGAAGGAGGAAUGGAAAUUGUCGCCGAUUUUCAACAAUAAGAGUAAAACAAGUUUCAAAUCACCGCUGAAACUUGUAAAUGGGUCGACAGAAUCGGGUUAUGAAUCGAAGAGUUUUUCAACACCGCCACAGUGAGUUUUUGGGCUCCUUGACAAGUUUACAUUCAAAAAAUCCGGAUUUUUUCAGAGAAAAAGCCACAACAUCACUCUCCGAUCUCUCCUCAUUCAUCGCCAACAAAUCCAUGAAUCCAUUCGACAGUCUAAUCGUCGAUUCGCUCCACAAAAGUCUCAAUUUCUCUCCAAGAGUUGUAUUUUCACAGGAAUCCUCCUCAAAUUCCUCUUCGAAAAAAGAUGGAAAUAUGUUUGAAUGGAGUGUUGAACAUCUGGCCGUUUUGAAACCUGUGCAUAUUUCUGACGAUGAAAUCGCCGCAAAUUAUCACUCUCCAAUUCCGGAAGUCGAGGAGCGGAUACAAGAAGUUUUGAAUGAGUAUUGGUCGAAAAAUGUUAGCUAUAUUCCAUCGCCAGAUGGUCCUAGAUAUGUUAGUUAGGCUAAGAAGGGAGAUUUUUCGAAUUAAAAUAUGAUUUCUAGUUGAUUUUGAUCACAGAAAACCUUUCCAUUUCUGAGAUAUCUUAUGAAAAUCUGAAACCUGGAAUGUAAAGUGUAAACCGGAAGCUUCUGCUCCAGCGGCCACGUGGUUUACUAUGAUAUGGCAAACGUCAUAAUAAUCCGCGUGGCCGCUAAAGCGGAAGAUUGCGGUCUACACUCCGGAAAAUACAACAUUCAAGUCCUAUUCUGAAAUAUCCGAUAAAAAUCUGAAAAACUGGAGAAAUUCCAGCAUUUUUCAGAUUUUUAUUGGAAUUUCAGCAGAGAUGCGGAAGCUAUGCCCAAAUUUUCGAAUUUUUUCUCGAGCGCUUCAGGCGCGAGUGUAAACCGGAAGCUUCCGCGUUAGCGGCCACGUGGUUUACUAUGAUAUGGCAAACGUCAUAUUAAUCCGCGUGGCCGCUAAAGCGGAAGAUUGUGCCGCUUACGCGGAACUUUCCGGUUUACACUCGCUCCGCUCGAAAACCCUUUCCAAGUCCUAUUCUGAAAUAUCUAAUAAAAAUCUGAAAACUGGAAUUUUCAGCACAAAUUAUGGGACGAUUCAAUAACUAUAAACUAGUUCCUGAAUCGUCCCAUAAUUUGUGCUGAAAAUUCCAGAAUUUUCAGAUUUUUAUUGGAAUUUCAGCGAAGAUGCCGUAGCUAUGCCCAAAUUUUCUGGAAUUUUUUGUUGGGAAACUUGAGUUUAGCUAGCUACGUGAUUAAUUGGUCGAAAUCUACUAGAAAAUAGUUUCUCCUUCUUCAAAAACCUCUGAAAAUUCCAGAUAAAUAUCGAAAAACGUGACGGAAGUGUUUUGACACUGAAAACUGGAACUUCUUCAUCUUCUUCACAAUUAGUUCAUGACGUCACACCAAAUCUAUGUAAUAUGAUUCGAAAAAAAGAGGCGAUGAAGGUGGCGUAUGCCACGUCAUCACCUAAACAAAGACCAAGGAGGUAAUUGGGGGGUUUUUUGGCUCAAGGAGCUGAAAAAUCUCAAUUUUUGAGCUAUUUCAGGCUUCCUAAGCUGAAAAUUUCGAUUUUCCACCCAUAUUUAGCCCUGAAAUUUUCAGACAAACGAAGCAAAUGCGAAAUCGACAAUCUCAAACAGAAGUCACAAUUCCGCCAAGUUCUGCAAUUGAUUUGAAACAAAUUUUGGGUGAGAUUUAGCUGAAAUUGGGUGAAAAAUCCUAAUUUUAGGUCAAAAUUCAUCAAAAACUGCAAAUUUUGACUUAAAAGUGUGAACCGGAAGCUUCCGCUUCAGCGUACACGUGGUUUACUAUGAUAUGGCAAACGUCAUAGCAAUCCGCAUGCCCGCUUACGCGGAAGCUUGCGGUCUACACUCGCUCCGCUCGAAAACACCUUCCAAGUUUAUUUCUGAAAUAUCCGAUAAAAAUCUGAAAACUGGAAUUUCAGAACAAAUUAUGGGACGAUAUAACCUAGUUUCUGAAUCGUCCCUUAAUUUGUGCUGAAAUUCCAGCAUUUUCAGAUUUUUAUUGGAAUUUCAGCGGAGAUGCGGAAGCUAUGCCCAAAAUUCGAGCGGAGCGAGUGUAAACCGCUAGAUUCCGCGUCAGCGACACUGUCUUCCGCUUUAGCGGCCACGUGGUUUACUAUGAUAUGGCAAACGUCAUAGUAAUCCGCGUGGCCGCUUACGCGGAAGCUUCCGGUUUACACUCGCUCCGCUCGAAAACCCCUUUCAAGUUCAUUUCUGAAAUAUCGAAUAAAAAUCUGAAAACUGGAAUUUUCAGCACAAAUUAUGGGACAAUUCAGUAACUAUAAACUAGUUUCUGAAUCGUCCCUUAAUUUGUGCUGAAAUUCCAGCAUUUUCAGAUUUUUAUUGGAAUUUCAGCGGAGAUGCGGAAGCUAUGCCCAAAUUUUGAAUUUUAUUGGAAAAACUUGCGAUCUUGCGGUCUUAUGAGUUAGCCUAACUCCCAAAUCUUACAGGCGAAGCUUUCACUUAUAAUCCUGAAGAUGAAGAAGAAGAUAAUGAAGAAGUGUUCAAUGUUUCAAUGUGUUCAAAUUUAUCAACUAGAAGACGACUUUUCUCCGAAAAUCAACAAGAAAAUCGAGAAAAUGAGGAAGAUGAAGAAGAUGAUGGAGAAAUUACGAAUUCUUCGAUGAUUUCUGGAGAAAAUUUGAAUGAUUCACAGAGAUUUGUGGGUUUUAGGUUGAAAAUUGACGAAAAAUCGUACAAAAAGCUUAUAAAUACAAUAUUUUCAAAAUUUCAGCUCCAAAUCCUUUUCUGAAAUAUCUGAUGAAAAUCUGAAAACUAGAAUUUUCAGCACAAAUUAUGGGGCGAUUCAGUAACUAUAAACUAGUUUCUGAAUCGUCCCUUAAUUUGUGCUGAAAUUCCAGCAUUUUUCAGAUUUUUAUUGGAAUUUCAGCGGAGAUGCGGAAGCUAUGCCCAAAUUUUCUGGAAUUUUUCGGGGAAAAUCUCAAUUUUCAGCAAAAAAAUCUCGAUUUUCAGAACGAUUCUCUGUCUCCAGUUCGAAAAGACGAACAAAUGGAACAAGAUUUGUCGAUGGUCUCAAAAUCGCAAAUCUCACAAAUUGCAAUCAAUAUUUCGGUAUUGAACGAUUGUAUGAUGCAUUCGUUGGUGAGUUUUUUGGAAAAAUUGAGCUGAAAUUCGAAAAACUUGGGGGAAAAUGAAGGUUUUUCUGGAAAAUCAGCUAAUUUUAAGCUCCAAGUCCUAUUCUGAAAUAUCGAAUAAAAAUCUGAAAACUGGAAUUUUCAGCACAAAUUAUGGGACGAUUCAGUAACUAUAAACUAGUUUCUGAUUCGUCCCUUAAUUUGUGCUGAAAAUUCCAGCAUUUUCAGAUUUUUAUCGGAAUUUCAGCGGAGAUGCGGAAGCUAUGCCCAAAUUUUUCUCGAGCGACUCAAGUCGCGAGUGUAAACCGGAAGCUUCCGCGAAGCGGCACUAUCUUCCGCUUCAGUGGCCACGUGGUUUACUAUGAUAUGGCAAACGUCAUAUUAUUCCGCAUGGCCGCUGCGCGGAAGCUUGCGGUCUACACUCGCUCCGCUCGGAAAAUACCACUUCGAAGUCCUAUUCUGAAAUAUCUGAUAAAAAUCUGAAAACUGGAAUUUUCAGCACAAAUUAUGGGACGAUUCAGUAACUAUAAUUUAGUUUCUGAAUCGUCCCUUAAUUUGUGCUGAAAUUCCAGCAUUUUCAGAUUUUUAUUGGAAUUUCAGCGGAGAUGCGGAAGCUAUGCCCAAAUUUUGAUUUUUUUUCUGAAAAACUUGGAAUUUUUCAGAGUCAAGAAGAUCCGGAUGAAGAAGAGGAAAACAAAGAAGUCGAAGCUGAAGAAGGAGAUGAGGAAAAUGAAGAAAAUCGAGUUUUUCAUCACAAUAUGCGUGAGUUUGAGGGCUCAGGUCUAAAAAUCCGAGAUUUUUGGCCCUGGGCUCAAAAUAUCCCAAAUUUCGCCAAAUUUCAAAUUGAGCCUAGGCUUAUCUAGACUCAAAAAAUCCCAAAUUCCGGCCUUAAUUUGGGCCUAACCUCAUUUAGACUUUAAAAAUCCCAAAUUUUGGCCUAAAAUUGAAUAUAGGCUUCAUUAGGCUCUAAAAAUCCCGAAAUCGGGCCUAAAUUUGGACCCAGGCUUAUUUACACUCAAAAAAUCCCAAAUUUUGGCCUAAACUGAGGCCUACCCUCAUUUAGACUCAAAAAAUCCCAAAUUUCCAGACCAAAACGAAUAUUCUUUACACGACGAAUCAGAAGAAUGCUCAAAAACGCCACGUCACGAAGAUCUGGACCGAACUCCGCGCAGAUAUGCAUUUUGCUCCUCCUCAAAAACCCCGUCACGAGUUACGCCAUCUUCAUCUGGCUCCGGCUCUUCCACUCAAAUUUCGCGCCAAAAAAUGCGUCAAUUCAUGUUCGAAAUGUCGCCAAUUCAUCCGAAUAAGCGAUUCACACCGCCUAAACCAUUUUCCUGA